AUGUGCUCCUACACGAUGUGUUUGGUAUUACUAUUUGCAUUUUUCAUUUGUUUCGCUCAAGCGGAUCAGCAUCUGAGCACCAAAGAAUGUGAAAAUCUGGGUUUCACGGGUCUCGCUUUAUGCUCCGAUUGCCACACCUUUGCUGAAUACAUCAAAGAUCAAGAGCUAGUGUCUGAUUGUUUGAAGUGUUGCUCUGAGGAUUCUGAUGAUGCGACAAGCAAGAUUAUAUAUUCUGGUGCAAUUUUGGAGGUUUGCAUGAGGAAGCUGGUCUUUUAUCCUGAAAUUGUUGGUUUUAUCGAGGAAGAGAAGGAUAAAUAUCCUACCGUGAAAGUUCAGUAUGCCUUUAAUUCUCCACCAAAAUUGAUCAUGUUGGAUGACGACGGAAAACCGAAGGAAACUAUCAGAGUCGAUAACUGGAAACGAGAACACAUAUUACAGUUUCUGAGGGAGAAGGUUAAACCAUCAUCAGAUAUUUAA